UCAAACCAGCUGCCAGCGCGUACCACUUGUAGGCCUGCACAAUCCAGGGCCCACAUCAAUAUGACACGCACAGCCGAAGAAACUUCAAACCUCUCUUCUUACAAACUGGGUUUGAAUGGACGAGGAGCUUCUAAAAGAUGCAUGCAGACAAGAAAUGAGGCCUUGUCGAUUUAUGGCGGUUCGGGCACCUCCAAGUGGCCAUGCAAUUUCCCCAUGCACUGGCAAGUAGGCUAUGGCAUUGUGUUGGACAUCCUGAUAUGACCAAUACAGACAUUCGUUGGCGGUAUGGCAUGCAAUCAGACAUCGAUUCGUAGGCUUUCUUACGAUGACUCUGAGUUGUGUCAUGCUGUAAAUCAUGGGUGGGAUAUGGAUGACGUUAUUGAACAUCAGAGUGAUGUAUGAGAGUUCACGAAGCUCGUUUAUCCAUGGGGGGAUGGAACUGCAACCACAGGCAGAGAUACAGAGAGAAAGUAAGGAUCAGUGCAUAGUACACGCUCUGUGCUAGAACCCAAGACGUGAGCUUCAUAUUUACCGGACGUCUGCCAGCUGAAACCCGAGGGUUCGGAGUUUGUGCUGCAGCCGAAUGCCCUUCGGUAUCUCGGUGAUAUUGGAUAUGAAGUACUUGUAGGACUUCGAUGAAUGAGUAUCGCCCACAAACCCGAAAAUAACAGCCUGGCACAAGACAACACAACAGGGGAAAGCAACACAGAGACACAAAGAAGCAGACUAACGGUUGAUUCUGUCAUCUUGCUGUAUUGUAGUUUUUUCUCACCUCUAGUGUAGUAUAAUGAUCGAGUCCUUCGAUGAAUUGCAUGGUGGCGCUAUAGUCAUUCAGUGUGAGCUCCUAGAUAUGCCGUAAUAUCUGUCAUUCGCCAUACCAGGCUCAUCCAGUGAGUCAGACAUAAAACUCGACUCCGACACGUACCUGCAGUCACAAGGAAGCUUCGUCCUGCUGGCUCCGAGGACUGGAUAAGUCCGGUAAGAGCAGAACUGAUGUCCUGGAAGUGUGGGACAGAUGACGCCGCCACGCCAUCGUUGAGACACUUGUAAGAGGGUGAAGGCGAAGAGAAACAGCAUCAGGAGUAUGGAUGCUGGCCAUAUCACAGUCUUCUCAAUGCAGAUGACUCGCGUCGAUCGGCCAGAAGGUGGCGCAUAAAAGGCGGACAGCUGCUUUCGGAGGCGAAAUUCAACUCUUUCGUCUCCUUUGGACAGAUCAUUUCCAUGAGCGCGGUGAGUUGCGGAUGGAGACGCUGAAUUGCCUGACUCUCGUAAGCCCUCCUUUUCGCCGAGGACCUCCUCUUCUUGUGCCCCUUCGUUUUCGUCGCCUUCAUGUGUGCCGUUGUCUUCUCUUUUUGGCUCAUCUUGUAUGGCAUCAGUUAGCUGUUGCGUAAUAUCAUACGUGCCGUUAUCUUGCUGUGCUGGCCGAUGCUCAUCUGUCAUAUCAAAGUCCACUACAUGGAUGUAGAAGUCGGCCACACGGAUGCGCGGCUCUUCAGCUUCGGACGUUUGUGACGAAGCCGACCGCAGGAUGGUGGAGAAAGCCACCGAGUCAACCCUUGCCACUGCGGUCUCGUCAAAUGCAGCGAACUUCUCUGCCAUUCCGUCGGUCUCCUGAACAUUGCCGUCUGCCCUUUGGGAAUCGUUCAAUUCCCAGUCUCCAUUGUCGGGAUCGCCGAGAUUGACCAUGGCUGCUCGUGGGGACUCUUCGACAUGGCCUUGACGAUCAGUCUGGUCGGUCCCCUCUUUCAGGUACUUGGAUCGCAUCUGCUCACGGCUCCUCUUCCAGUCGGUAUAGCGUUUGAGGGUAAGAAGUGCAUCGAUGGCACGAAGCUCGAACAAAGCCAACAACAGGGGGCAAUACGCUGCCAAGAACUGCAGCCAUCCUCAAUUACAGAUAGACAACUGAUCAACGUAUCGUGAUACUUACUUGAAGCACAUUGUGCGUCCGAAGGGAUACAAACAUGCCGAUCGACCAGGUCACUUUCCAUUGAAAUCGUCCCACCUCCAAGAGCCCAGCUGAUGAAAGCAUCAGGUGCACCGAAUAAAGCAGGUUGAUCCCCAAAGACGUGAAAAUGGCCCAGCCCUGCAUACAUGGAUGGAUGAAUUGAAGAAACAAUCUUUUCAUGCAUGUAUCCAUCCAUUUUACUCUCUUCUUCCGGGCGUGCACAAUAAUGAUCAGGAGUGAAUGGAUGAACAUGAGAAGGGACAACAGAAAAUGAGACAGCCACGGUUGUGCGGGCAGGUCCUGUAGAAUAAAACACCAUGCAGCGGGGCAGAAAGCGGAUACAUCUCGACUCCUCUUACUUUUGAGCCAAACAGAUCCCAGCCACCAAGCAU